AUGCCACAGUUUUCUAAGUCCGGCACAUGUGUGUUAUCCCGGACAAGUGCUGAGGUCUGUUUAGCAGUGCUCGUGUUGUGGAGUACUACUGAUGGUGGAAAACUCUUGCCCUUCUACUCCAUCUCACAGCAUGUUAUAUGGUCCACAAAUUAUAUAGGCAUUUGUGUGCGACGCUGGGAGCCGGGCCUCAGUGGUGGUCCUGAUGCCCCCCAUGCCGCAUGUAGUGUGUCUCCAAUCAGCACAGAGGGCAGCGGCGUGGGGAAACAGAAUGAGCUCUCUGUGAGCCGACCAUGUGAAUUCAGAGAUAUAUGUCCUGAAAAAGAACUGCUAGAGGCAGCAGAGCACCAUGAAUCUCUUCGUUUAACUUUCGUGUUACUGCUAACAGAAAAUACACAAGUAAGCUGGGAAACAGUGUUAUGGAAACAGCGGCUGUAUAUACAAGUGCCAGGGUGUAUUUUGCCUGAAGGAUCAAAAGAAGGGUUUGUAUCACUCUUGGAGUAUGCAGAGGAGGUCUUAAAGUGCACACAGGUCAUCGUAUGUUUCAAAAAGGAACGCAGUGACAGGGCUCUCUUAAUUCGGACCUUCAUGUUCCUGGGCUUCUCAACAUUGGCACCUGGACAUCCACUGAUUCCUAAUGCAUCUGAUACAACCAAUCUCUACAUGUUAUAUUCUAUUGACUAGAAAUAUUUUAUUCUGGUGACUGCUGCCUGUAGCUUGCCCAGCCAUACCUGUAAUUUUUAAUUCCAGUUGUUAUGCCCUGAGAUUGGAUAAGUGAAACAGUAAUACAGCUUGAAAUUGUUACACCCAUUAAUUUCCCUGUAGUGGUAAAUUGAAAUUGUGUUUGUAUAUUGUUAGAAAGAAGAUGCUGACAAUGAACGGAAGUAACUGCGUAUCUUUAUAAUGAAAGAUUUUUAUUGGACAUGGCUCGGAAAGUGUGUUAACAUAUAUAGAUUAAACUUAACAUUUUUAUUUUUAAAGCUGGUUGACAAAAAUCUUUAAGUGGUCUACACCAAAAUGUUUACAUUCUUGACUAUGCAUUUCAUUUGCAAUAAUAUUAGGUUUCUCAUUUGCACACUUAAUAAGUUAAAAGUUAAAUGUCUGGAUAGCACUAAUGUUAGCAGUUGUAGUCGCUGUGUAGCCCUAAUUCCUUAUAUUUAUGUAAUGGCUCUUAUUCUUUUUGAGGCUGAUUUUAAUUAAGGAAAAAUUUUUGGUAAACAUCUCAGGAUACAAACAGCAACUUUGGUGGCUGGUAAAUAAAAUGUUCAUUGCUAUUUGUUAUAAACUUUCAACAAAAAUGAGUUUUAUGUAUAGCAUGUGAAUUGUGAUAUUAUUUAUAUUUGUUAUACUGAGGCUCUUCCUUAUUAUAUUUUGAAAGAUCAGUUUUGUCUGAUCAUUUCUUAACGUUGUUUUACUUUUGUGUUGUUUUUUCUCCAUUUAUUUGGUAAUUCAGGGAAUGUUUUGCAUAGACGAGGGCAUGAAGGUGUAACAGAAUUAAUGAGGUUUAAUAACAAGGUGUUCAGUUAACAGGGUGUAAUAAUUGUGGAGUUGAAUCUUGACACAUUUGUCUGGCAAGCAUAGGUGCUCAUCUGUGAUUCCAUUCCAGAAAUUUGUUAGUUUCUUUUAGUAUCUCAAGAAAGAGCUUUUAAAAGUUGGAUUAGUUAGGAAGUGUUGCAGUUAAUUUGUUUGUUUCAAAAAUGUGCACCGUCGGUUUAAUGGCAACAAUGCUCUCGUGAACAACUGCACGGAAUCUCAUAUAUACAAUAUUCCAAUAUUGUUCUCUCUGCUGUUAUAGUGACAGGCAGGAGAGGUAUUUAAGAUGUUAAUACAUUAUCAGCCCUUUCACCCACUCUGCUUCGUUUGAUGACACUUAAAAGCAAAAUUAAAUAACUGUGUAGUUCAGUAUUUACAACACUCUCUGUUUUAUGUCGAAAUACAUAUAAAGUUACAGAAUGUUGAUAUGCUGCCCCCGUGCUGAUUGGAACUUAGUGUAGUAAUUACUAUAUCAUCAAAGUUAACAAAAGUAUCUUGUCCUCCAUUCCACUUUUAUUUUGGAAGUUAUAUUUUCUUAUUCUACCCUUGUAAUGGCCUGGACCUUUAUCUCAAUAUCCACAUCUUGCAUCUUGUUUAAUUUACUACUUCAGAUAUACUUUCUAAAAGGUUUUAAUUGUAACUUUUUAUUACUAUUAUAAUUACUACUGUUACUGCUAUUAUAUGAUAAUGUAAUAUCUCAUUUAUUACUUGGGCGCAGAUGUGUAUUGUUUCUGUUGGUAUAGUUUUAGUGCAAUAAACUUGUGCCACCUAGCAGAAUUUUUCUCCUAAAGUUCAAUCAUUGUACACCAGCAUUAUUUUGUAGAUGUUACUGUGGCUUACUGUCAAUAUGAUUUACAUUUUCUUAUGAUUGCACUGUAUGAGUUACAUUAAAUUUUGCAAAAAAAAUUAUUUUUUAAAUUAUUGUGUGAUGUUGGAGUCAGUAAUUCUUUGGUUAUAUAAUGAUAAGAAUUAGUACUAAUUACACUCUUUCAACUAAAAAGGUUUCUGACAAUGUCAACUGGUGUUUUUUUUUUUUUAAAGUCCUGUUGCUUUGUAUGUAGAGCAACUGAUUUAUCGUAUUGCUUCAACUGUGUUAUUCUCAAACCAUAAUUAACUGUAUGGAGGAAGGUACUUAGUGCCAAUAUAAUUUUUCCCGUCUAUCCCAGUCAUGAAUAAAUUGUGGGAAAAACA